AUGGUGCCCCCAAGUGUGGUGCUUAAGAAGUGGCACAGCAGAACUCGGGCCAUGGAAAGAGAUGUGGAGCUGUUUACUCGAAAGCUUUACCAACAAAUACUUUCUGGAGUUGAAGUGAAUGCCGAAUUGCUUGCACCACUGCAUUCUUCCACAACUGAUCUAGCAAGAAUGCUUAGCUCCAAUGUGAAUGACCCAGAACUCUCGUUUUCCAAGAUUAAAUCCAGGGUGGCACCUUUGAUGUUCCAAGCGUUUUCAACGAUUCCAUAUGUCUCGCAAGUCUCAUUCAUAAGAAAAGAUGGUCUGUUAUUCUCAUACUACAACCAGGAGAAUCAGCAACCAGUUGCAGUUUAUACAAACACCUCGUUGCCUUCAGCGGACAAUUCAUCUGCAGCAAAUUCUAACUUGACUUGCUACUCACAGCCUGUAAAUCGCGACACUGGAGAAUUAUACGGAGUUGUGACUCCUAGCAGAUUGAUUGAUCCGUCACUGCUUCGAUUGGCCUUGCAAAGUCCAAAUGGAAAUGCUUCAGUAGGACCUUCAUGGAUUGAUGGCCAAGAUCUGUUAUUCCUUAACACAGCUUUUGUGGAUGGGAGAGGAGCGGUUUCAAUCGGGUUUGAAAGAAAGGCGAUAGUACAAUCCUUAUCUAAGGGCAUAAGCAAUGAUGGAACUUUGUUUUUGGCUGCGUCGGGUGGGAAAGUACUAAAUCAGGCAAAGAUUCAGAACACUCAAAUACUUACUAAUGAUAACGGUUCUGUUUCGUUUGAGUUGAAUCAAGGUAGUGCCAAAGUAGGCGAUAUUGUUGGCAGUCUGACAUGCCGAGAAAAUGAUGGCACCCUACAACCGAAAACGAUCACCAUUUCUAAAACAAAGUAUGAUGCAUAUUGUUCACAAGUUGAAAUCAUUGGGGUGCAAGCGGUUUUCGUAUUGGUGAUGCCACUUGAGGGACCAGAGAGAUCCCUACACAAGAACUUCAAUGAAUCCUAUCAGUAUCUUCUUGGGGCAAUUUGCCUAAUGUUCCUUUUUACUGUUGUUUUUGUCAUCAUGAUUUUUGGAGCAUCACAAAGACUGAUACAGUUGCGUGCUGCAUUAGUGAAACAAAGGGAAGCAACAGCUCAAGCAGAAAGGAAAUGUAUCAAGAGGAGUACUAACUAUGCCAGCGCAAGUCAUGAUGUUCGGGGUUCUCUAGCAGGGAUUAUCGGUCUGAUAGAAAUAUGCAUGACUCAAGUUGAUCACGGAUCUGAUCUGGAGGCAAAUAUAAUGCAUAUAAAAACUUGUUCAAGUGAUCUCUUAGGUAUUCUCAAUAACAUCCUCGACAGAAGUAAAUUAGAAGCAGGAAAAGUGCCACUUGAAGAAGAGGAGUUUGAGAUGUCAAAGUUAAUUGAAGAUGUCGCUGACUUGUUUCAUGCAGUUGGCAUGAAGAAAGGCGUAGAUGUCGUGCUGGAUCUCAGUGAUGGCUCUGUUAACAAGUUUGAUCGUGUUAUAGGUGAUCGCAAAAAGCUAAUACAGAUAAUAUCAAAUAUAGUUAGUAAUGCGGUCAAAUUUACCUCAGAAGGGUAUGUAUCUAUCCGAGCUUAUGCGAGGAAGCCUAGUUUAAGUUCAAGACUCAAUUCAACUCGAAAAGGUCCCUUGUCAUGGUUAUCAUGCUUCCAAUUUCCAAAUAUUGAUUCAUUCACCGAGGACGAAGUAACUGUGAACAAUAUUCGAGGGGAUGAAAACUGCAUGGAGUAUGUUUUUGAAGUAGAUGACACUGGAGCUGGAAUUCCAAAAGAUAAGCGAGAAACUGUUUUUGAAAAUUAUGCUCAAAUUAAGGAGACAGCAGCUAAACAAGAAGGCACGGGCCUUGGACUAGGCAUUGUUCAGUCUCUGGUACGUUUAAUGGGCGGGGAUAUAGAGAUUGUAGAUAAAGAAGUAGGGAAAAAAGGAACUUGCUUCAAGUUCAAUACAUAUCUUCUCACAUGUGAAACAGACCUGAGGACUAGUAGUUCAAGAGCUCAAUAUGAGGACAUUGAAUCAAAUGUUGGUGGCUACAGGUCAUCUGCUGAAUCAUAUUCAGUACGAAAUAUGCAAUCAAAUAGCCCCAGCACAGAAGGAUCUCAAGUUGUACUCUUCGUCCAGAAUGAAGAGAGGCGAAAAGUAUGUAAAAAGUUCUUUGAAAGACAGGGAGUCAAAGUAUAUGCUCCUAGGAACUUAGAAGAACUUUCCACUAAUUUAAAGAGAAUCAGACACAGGAGAGUUCUCUCUCAAAGCCGUUCUUCCAAGAGGUCUGAUGCACUUCUUCAAAGUAUAGCUGUAGUACGCAACACAAGCACAAGAUCAAAAGAAGUUCCAUUAAGUUCUCUAGAUGGAACUGAUCAAGAGACGCCUCCUACACAUAGAAGGUCAAGUGCCAGAGGGAGUGUUGUGCCAAACUUCAUACUAGUUGUGAUUGAUACGAGUGGUGGACCAUUUCAUGAGCUCAGUAGAACUGUAGCUGAGUUCAGGAAAAACAUUUCUCCUGGUUGUGACAGUGUUGUUUGGUUGGAUAGACCUGGAUCUGGUUUUAUUCAGCUACAAGGCCUCAAUGAAGACAAACUUCCUCCCACUGAUAUCAUCAUUUCCAAGCCUUUCCAUGGGUCGCGUUUAUAUCACGUAUUAAAGCUUCUGCCUGAGUUUGGUGGAGAAAUGCCAGAGCCCAUCCCACCAUCGGUAAAUAGUGAUAGCUUAACAAUCAGCUCAGCAACAGAUAAUGCUGCCAACGAAGCUAGUACUUCUGCAUCUCAGCAAAGGCCAGUAGAAUCUCCUUCUGCAUCAAAUCUCCAACCUCAUCAGAUUGUAGAGAACAGAGAUGUUGAUAAACCUUUAAGUGGGAUGAAAGUGUUGCUUGUAGAUGAUGAGCCAUUACUACGUAAAAUAGCUAUUGCUGUUCUAUCCAGUCUUGGGGUAACUACUGAAAUAUGUGUUGACGGGCAAGAGGCUGUGCAGACCGUCUGCAAAGCCCUAAAUGACCAGGGGCCAUCUCAUGCUUUACCAUAUGCUUGCAUUCUCAUGGACUGUGAGAUGCCAGUUAUGAAUGGAAUUGAGGCUACCAGGAGAAUCCGAGAAGAAGAAGCCAAGUUUGGAGUGCACAUACCCAUAUUUGCGGUGAGUGCACAUACGGAUGGCCCAGAGAUAAGGCAGAUGAAAGAAGCCGGAGUGGAUUACAACUUAACCAAACCCCUUAAUGCUGCAAGGUUUGAAGAAGCCAUCAAAACCUUUCAAGACAACUAG